GAAAUGUAAUUGAAUGACGCUAUAAGGACGGGAAGACUCGGGCACUAAAAAUGAACAUGAAAACCACCAAUACACAAACAACAUAAAUAAACAGGUGUAGGCAUAUAAAUCUAGAACUUUAAAUUUUUUUAAAGUUUGCGGGGAAAUUGUUCAAGAAUCGCACCCCUCCCCUCCCCCCACUUUACAAAGGUGGGGUUAUUUCAAACCAAUCAAGCUCUUUUGACAGCCGUGAGAACGAUAAGGUGAUUCUUUUGGAAAAGUGCAGCAACAAAAGCAAAAGAAAGCAGCUAAAACAGCAGUCAAUUUCUCGGAUAUCCUUUAUAAGCAGUGUUGUUACUGAAGUAUUAAGCUUUUCUCUCUCUCUUUCUUUUCUUUUCUCUUUGACUCUCAUCUUACAACUUCAAUUCUCGGAAAGUAAAAAAGAUGGCUACUCCUACACUUGCAAACUUCAAAUUGCCUCAAAUCGAUAAUGAGCCUAUGCUCAACUAUGCACCAGGUUCUCCUGAACGUGCCAAACUUGAAGCUGCCGUUAAAGAAAUGGCAGCUCAAGGACCUGUUGAAGUCCCUGUCGUUAUCAACGGUGAAAGAAUCUUUACCGGCAAGACAGCCAAUCAAUUGAACCCUUCCAAUCACGCAUCUGUUAUUGCCAAGGUUCACGAAGCUGAUGCUGCUUUAACUCAAAAGGCAAUUGAUGGUGCUUUGGCUGCUAAGGCUGAAUGGGAAACUCUACCUUUCAAUGACCGUGUUGCCGUCUUUUUAAAGGCUGCUGAUCUUUUAUCCAAGAAAUACAGAUAUAAGCUGAUGGCCGCCACGAUGCUCGGUCAAGGCAAGAAUAUUUGGCAGGCAGAAAUUGAUGCUGCUGCUGAACUUUGCGAUUUCUGGAGAUUCAACUGUAAAUAUGCUGAAGAAAUUUACUGUCAACAGCCACCCAAAAACGCUCCUGGUUCUUGGAAUCGUACUGAAUUCCGUGCCCUCGAAGGUUUCGUCUUGGCCAUCUCUCCCUUCAACUUUACGGCUAUUGCUGGUAAUUUGCCCGGUGCCCCUGCUUUAAUGGGUAACGUCGUUGUCUGGAAGCCAUCCCCCAUGGCCGUCUACUCCAAUUUCCUCGUCUACGAGUUAUUAGAAGAAGCCGGUUUGCCCGCUGGUGUCAUUCAAUUCGUUCCUGGUCCACCCGAAGAGAUUUGCGGCACAGCAAUCAACCAUCCUGACUUUGCAUCGCUUCACUUUACUGGCUCCACCCAUGUCUUCCGUAACUUGUGGCAGCAAAUCGGUAACAACAUCCACAAGUACAAGAUGUAUCCUCGUCUCGUGGGCGAAACAGGUGGCAAAAACUACCACAUACUGCACUCCAGCUUGGACGAAGCCGGUGUGCGUCAUGCAGCUUUGCAAACCCUUCGCGGUGCUUUCGAAUUCCAAGGCCAAAAGUGCUCUGCCUGCUCUCGUGCCUACAUCCCUCAAUCCUUGUUCCCUGCUUUCAAGAAGGUGCUUCUAGAGGAACAUGCCAAGAUCACGCAAGGUCCUGCCACCGAACUUCACCAUUUCUGCGGCCCUGUCAUCAACAAAGCCUCCUUUGAUAAAAUCAAGAGCUAUAUCGACCACGCUGCCGUCGACGACGAUUGCGAAAUCAUCGCCGGUGGCCAAUGUGAUGAUACCACGGGUUAUUUUGUUCAGCCUACUGUCAUUCUCACCAAGAAUCCUAUGGCGAAAACCAUGAAAGAAGAAAUCUUUGGUCCCGUCCUGACAGUGUAUGUGUACGAGGAUGUUGAUUUCGAACCCACGUGUCAAUUGAUCGGUGAUACCACAGAAUAUGGAUUGACGGGUGCUUUGUUUGCUAAGGAUCGUGCAUCGAUCGUAAAGGGUGCCAAUUUAUUACGUCAUACAGCAGGUAAUUUCUACAUCAAUGAAAAGUGUACAGGUGCUGUGGUCGGUCAACAACCUUUCGGCGGUGCUCGUGCUUCUGGCACCAAUGAUAAGGCUGGUUCCUGGUCUCUCUUGGUCCGCUUCAUCUCGACUCGCACCAUUAAAGAAAACUUUGUCCCUAUUGAAGACUUUGCUUAUCCUUCCAACGCUGUCUAAAAUGGGGGGUGGUCACUCUACAAGCUUCUGCUCUAAGAUAGCCCCCCUCACACUAUAACAUUAUUUUUAUUUUUUCGCUUCCACUAUUCUAAUAUGACAUUCUGUAAUUUCUCUUUCACAUGACUGUUUCUCUCGCUCUCUCCCUCCCUCCUCAUUUUUAAAACUUUCAAUAGCUAAAUUGUAAAAAAAAAAAGAAAGAAAACCGACUUUCUAUUGACACCCAUACUUUUUCGAUUUGUUAGAAAAAAGAGUGGGGGAAGAAGGUUUGCCGUGAAAGGGUCUCCCUUCUCCAAGCCCAUUUUGUAUCAUGUUC